UAUUUUUGGUAACCAGUAAUUUGGACGGAGAUAGUAACUCUCAAAAGCAAAAAAAUUUAAAAAAUAAAAUAAAAAUUCAAAACCUGAGAAGCAAACCGUCACAAGAAACUCCCACGCACCCCGACCCCCACCCCCACUGCCUUAGCCACCCUCCGGGAGAAACGCACAUACACGUUCUUUUUAAAAAAAUAUAUAAGUGUGCUGUCGUAUGAAAAAGAGAAGACUCUUUAAUGUCAUAUAUUCUCAAAUUCCAAGUUUCUUUCUCUUUGUGCAUCUCUAAACUGUCGUUUAUAUGUUCUCUGCUAUACAAAUUUUCAUGCUCUAGGUUUGUGUUGUGUAUUUUCUUCUACUUCUUUUUGCUUAUAGUUUUUCAGAAGUUACAUUGUUGGGUAAGUCCAUAGGGACAUUAAGGCAAUUGGGGUUCAGUAAAAUUUGCUAUGUAAAUAGUUUUGAAAGGACUUGCCAUGGAUCUUGAAACUGGGUUUUAUCAGAAUCGUUUAAAGAAAGAAUCUUGGAGGACAGUGUUGACAUUGGCUUAUCAGAGUUUAGGGGUUGUUUAUGGGGAUUUAUGUACAUCACCACUUUAUGUAUAUACAAGUACUUUUGCUGAAGACAUUGAACAUUCAGAGACAAAUGAAGAAGUCUAUGGUGUUCUAUCAUGUAUCUUUUGGACACUGACUUUGAUUCCUCUGUUAAAUUAUGUGUUCAUUGUUCUUAAAGCUGAUGAUAAUGGUGAAGGAGGAACAUUUGCUUUGUAUUCACUCCUAUGUAGACAUGCCAAAGUGAGUUCAUUGCCUAGUUCCCAGUUAGCAGAUGAAGAAUUAUCAACCUACAAGAAAGAUUUUCUUAUAAAUACUCCUGAGCAAAAUACUUUUGGGGCAAAAAUUAAAUCAAAUCUGGAGAGGCAUAGAGUAUUACAGAGAUUUCUGCUUGUUUUGGCUCUAAGUGGAGCUUCUAUGGUAAUAGGUGAUGGAAUUCUUACACCUGCCAUUUCAGUUUUCUCUGCAAUUUCUGGUGCUGAACUUUCUUUGGGAAAAGCACAUCACUUAUAUAUAGAAGUUCCAGUUGCUUGUAUCGUACUGAUAGCCUUGUUUGCCCUUCAACAUUAUGGCAGCCACAGGGUUGGAUUUUUGUUUGCACCUAUUGUCGUGACAUGGCUUCUGUGUAUCAGUGGUAUUGGUUUAUAUAAUAUUAUACACUGGAAUCCAAGUGUGUAUCGAGCACUGUCUCCAUAUUAUGUGUACAAGUUCCUGAAGAAAACUCGAAAAGUAGGCUGGAUGUCCUUGGGAGGAAUCCUCUUGUGCAUAACAGGUUCAGAAGCAAUGUUUGCUGAUCUUGGACACUUCUCCCAGUUGUCAAUAAAGAUUGCUUUUACCUCCAUGGUUUAUCCAUCAUUAGUUCUUGCAUAUAUGGGGCAAGCUGCUUAUCUGUCUCGGCAUCAUGUUAUGGAGAAUGACUAUCAGUUUGGCUUCUAUGUUUCUGUACCUGAGAAACUAAGAUGGCCUGUUCUGGUGAUUGCUGUACUGGCAGCAGUAGUGGCGAGCCAAGCCGCUAUCACUGGAACCUUCUCAAUUAUUAAACAAUGCUGUGCGCUGGGAUGCUUCCCAAGAGUCAAAAUAGUUCAUACAUCAUCAAAAAUACAUGGCCAGGUUUACAUCCCUGAGAUUAACUGGGCCUUGAUGAUUCUAUGCUUGGCUGUUACUAUUGGUUUCAGAGACACCAAAAGGCUGGGCAACGCUGCAGGUUUGGCAGUCAUAACUGUAAUGUUGGUCACCACUUGCUUGAUGUCGUUGGUAAUUGUUUUGUGUUGGAACCAAAGUGUCCUCCUUGCAGUUUGCUUUGUGAUCUUCUUUGGGACAAUUGAGGCUUUAUAUUUCUCUGCUUCUUUGAUUAAAUUUUUUGAAGGAGCAUGGGUGCCUAUUGCCAUUUCGGUCGUUUUCAUGAUAGUGAUGUGCAUUUGGCACUACGGCUCACUGAAAAAGUACGAGUUUGAUGUUCAAAAUAGGGUGUCUAUAGACUGGUUACUCAGUGUAGGUCCCAGCUUAGGCAUUGUAAGGGUCCGUGGCAUUGGCCUCAUAUACACUGAGUUGGUAUCCGGAAUCCCAGCAAUCUUCCCACACUUCGUUACCAAUUUUCCAGCUUUCCACCAGGUCCUAGUUUUCAUUUGUGUCAAAUCUGUCCCAAUUCCUCAUGUUAGACACGAGGAACGUUUCCUUGUCGGACACAUUGGCCCAAGAGAACACCACCUUUAUAGAUGCAUUGUUAGGUAUGGUUAUCGUGAUGCUCACAAGGAUGAUCUCCAGUUUGAGAAUGAUCUUGUAUGUAGCAUAGCCGAGUAUAUAAGGACAGGAAAGAAAGGGUUGAAUGGUAAUGCUGCUGAAGAUUUAUCAAACGAUUUGGAGGACAUGACUGUUCUUGGAACCCCUUCAACUCAUAUAUCUGGAGUUCAACUUUGUGCAGACAAUGAAAUGAAUUCUGAAUCAGUUGGAACGUCAAAACUUAGAGAAAUGCACUCUACACAUAUAACCAAGCCUAAGAAACGAGUGAGGUUUUCCAUACCAGAAACUCCAAAAAUGGACAGAAAUGCAAGAGAGGAGUUGCGUGAACUGAUGGAAGCUAGUGAAGCUGGCAUAGCUUACAUAUUGGGGCAUUCCUACGUCCGAGCCAAACAAGGAUCUAGCUUAGUAAAGAAAAUAGUUAUAAAUAUUGGAUAUGACUUCUUGACAAGGAGUAGUAGACCACCAGCCUAUGCAUUAACUGUACCUCAUGCUUCUACUAUAGAGGUAGGAAUGGUCUAUCAUGUAUGAUUUUGUGUACAAAAGAGAAACUAAUAAUAAAAUCUCUACAUGUGUUUGUAGUUUUUGUAAAAAAAAUGCAAGCGAAGUGCUAACAGUUAUCUUUAUUGAGAUUUGAGAAUGAGAAAUAUCUCCAUAAACGCCA